AUGAGCUCUCUGAUCGCCUUCGCGGAUGCACAGGAUGAACUGUUAGCCAAAUCCGCCAACAAACAACAGAAUGCCCUCAACCAUUUCGAUCACUUCCUCAAGACAUACUGCGUUCAGAUCAGCGUCCCGCUAGCCACCGCCGCUUCGAUCCCAUAUGAAGGUCUUAAAGGUGAAGAACCCAGAUCUCCCAAAUCCAUUAACGAGUUCUGGGGUAAGAUGAUUGGAGCCUUCUUCACGUACAUGGGCACAGAAGCUAGGAUUUACUGCUCCCCCAAAGGACGACGCCUUGCGUACCAAUCCGCAACACAAUAUUGCUCCUCUGUGAAAUUAUAUUUCAUCUCCAGGUUUCGAUACGACCCCCCAAUUUCCGUGUUCUCGAUUGAUCAAUGGAAGCGCCUACGUGAGAAGCUCCGAAGUUUAUACCGUGAGGGUUGUCGUGCGUCUGGUAAACGGAUGACAGAAGGAAAGGCGUCAAGCACUCGUGAUGACCGUGAAGCGAUGGCUACAGGCUGCAUCUGGUUGGGAACCGCGGAAGCUGCUGAGUUCUGGCACCUUCUGAAUACAAGUUACCAUUGUAGCGGCCGUGGUUCUGAAGUAGCGCUCGUUAGGACAGAGAGUCUAUCCUGUGUGGAAGUCAACGAAAGUGUCUACCAGUACCGCGUCUUGCAGCUUGAUAUCCAGCGGGAUAAGUGUGGUCCGUUCCAGAGUCUGCCCAUCUACCCCCACCGCGACGGUGUAUUCGAAGACUUCUAUUUCAGUCUGAUCUAUCAGGUCGUGCUGGUUGGCUGUGACAGUCCGUACAUCUUUCCCAUGUUCUCCAGAGAAGCAUUGAAGACCACAUCCGGUAAAUCUGACAGCAAGGUUUCAUCGCUCUGGAGCAAUCUGUUCGAUGACCUGCGCAACACGUUCGAGGAACUGAGCGAUCGCAUCAAUGAGAAACUCUCCUCGCAUUGCCAGAGGAAAGGGAGUAAUCAGGUUAUGGCAGAAUCCCCUUCCGUGUCAGGAAUAGCACAGAUCUUCCGUACGGGUUGGGAACUCCGUGGCUGUGACACGCUAUUCGAAUACAUAUGCGGGUCCUUUGUCAUGUCGCAGCAUGCUGGAAAGACUAUCAGCCGUUGGACUGCAAAGAUUGGUGAUCUAAUCGUCGGUGGUCAGCCACCGAUGUUUGAUGACAUAGAAGUUACAUCAGGACUCAAACGAUUUACUGAUGCGCUCUUCGAAGAUGAUACGUCGGGUCGUUGGAAUCCGAAAGUUCGAGAGCUGUUGGUGAUGGCGCUCUUGCUCCGGUACGACCAGUUCUUGGAUAUACUCGAGUCACAUCCAGAGGCGCGACGACCAGCCUCUGAAGACGCCUGCAUGCGCCAACGCUUUUACCACGACCAUCUCUUCGUUUGUCGGGUGAAGCAGGCAUUGGAUAAAGCCCGUGUUGGUGAAGUGCAGUUUAGUGGUUGGGUGUCCGAAUCUCAUGAUGCAUUCAUGUCUCGCAAUAUUCCCGGCAUACCCAUCGAAAAGUUCUCCUUGUACUCCGGAAACAAGGACUCGAUCUUGAUGGAUCCGCGAUGCUUCGUAGACCACUUUAAUGUUUUGGCAACAGUCACUCAGACGAUGCAUACAAACAUCCAACGUCUGCAACACACCGUCAAUGACAUCCGUCGAAACCAACAAUCGAGUCGGGUCUUGGAAGACUUCAUGCUAGAGAACUUCCAGAAGUUAACCAAAUCCGUUGAACGAAUCGAAGCCCGGGUUGUUGGAGAAUCGAAACCUUCCACUGCCACUCAGCAGGAAGGUAUUAUCAAGUUCUCCGUCAGCAGUAAAGCGCUCACCAAACAGAUGUCGGUAGCCGAUGUAGCUGUUGCGUUCUUUGUCGACAACCACCCGGAAGGAUUUAGGCUGGACAAGGAAAGUGAGUCAUGGAAUAACCUAACUCCGAGUGAGAAGAAACGCAUUCGCAACCUCUUUGGUACUGUCAAACGUGCAGUAAAGGUCCUCCUACUACAAUUGGAUUCGUACCCGUCCACCAAGUCCAAGGACGUCCUGCGCAAGAUGUUCCUUGAUGCAGAAGAUCGAAUCCGCUCCAGACUGGGCUUUGGAAACAAGCUCAUUACCGUGUACACCUUGACACAGCACGAAGAAGUCAGGCAAUUGGAGAGUGCCCGUCUACCUGAUGACUCUCCUGAAUCCGUUAGAAAGUUCUUUAAAAGUUAA